AGUAUGUAAGUUAACAUAACAUUAAAAAAUUAAUGCAAUGUUUCGACUGGAAUCGUAUAUAACUCCUAUAAUUUUAAAUUAUGUGGCAAAAUAUGUUAAAAACGUUAGACCUCAAGAUGCACAGGUUUCAUUAUGGGAGGGAGAAGUGGCCUUUCAAAAUUUAGAUUUGCGUUUAGAUGUUUUAGAACACGAAUUAAAUUUGCCUUUUGAGUUUUUAUCUGGUCACAUUCAUGAGUUAAUAAUUCAUGUUCCUUGGACGAAAAUAAAUUCUGAACCAAUAAAUAUUACGAUCAACACAAUUGAGUUUGUUUUAAAAUUAAAAGACUCACAUGGUAGAGAUGCAACAAGUUCACCUACAAGUCAGUCAUCUCCUCAAAAAUUAGAACGAAAAAAAAGACCUUCACGGUUGGAAGAAUCCCAGCCUGGAUAUAAUGCCUCUGGUUUAGUUAGCAAAAUUAUUAAUAAUAUUACUAUUAAUUGCCAUAAUAUCAUUUUGAAAUAUGUGGAAGAAGAUAUCGUAGUUUCAAUGAAUGUGCAACUUUUAUCAUUUCAUUCAGUGGAUGAAAAUUGGAAUCCAUCUUUUGUAGAUCUUCAUCCUAUUAAUAGAUUAAUAAGAAAGCUUAUCAAAAUAUCAGACCUAACUAUAUGCUUAGAUAAAAGGAAUUCAAUGGGACAUAUCGAAGUGUGCCAGGAACCUAUUUUGUACAAAUGUUCUUUAAUAAUUCGUUUGAUUUUGAAGUCUUUUAAUGGUAUUAAAAGUACCAGAGUAGCUGCCCUUACAAAUUUAAUUGAAAUGAAUGUAUCUUCCCUACAAUUUCCAAUGGCAUUAAGAUUGUUAAAUUUGAUUGUUGCUCUUAAAACUGGAGCUCUGAAAGUGAAUCAAGAUAUGGAAGAAAAUAAUGAUCAUAAUGAUGAACUCCAUCCUUUAAUGGCAGAUGCUUCUUGGACAACAACUAUAUGGAAUAUGCUUCCUAAUAUUUUUUCUGAGCCAGAAGAAGAAUCCAAAAUGGAACAUGAUAUGGGAAAUAUUUUGGAUAUCGGAUUAUACGUAGAAAGAUUUAAAUUCACUUUAAAAUCAUCAGAAUUUGUUAACGAAUCUAUUGUCGGCACAACCAAAAAAAUUCGAUAUAACCCGAUUGUAAGUUUUCUCUGUAAUGAAAUAUUUUUGGAAACUGUAAUUGACGAUCAGAGGGAAUGGUUUAGCUCUAAGAUUGGUAUUUCGAAAAUAAGUAUAGAAGCUUUGGGACAUUUUAGCGAUGAAGCAUUUGAUAAAUGUUUGCUUAAAUCCAAUUGUAAUUUAAGAGGCAACUUUCUUUUUGAAUCAUUAUUUGAUGACAAUAGCCAAGUUAAAGAUCCAAUAACGAACAUAACAGAAUACUUAGAUAAAAAUACCGAGGAAUAUUUAAACAAUCGUGCAGCAUGCUUCAGUUUAAAUAUUACCAAAUACAAAAAACAAUAUGAUGAACAAAUUUCAAUAAAUAAUGUUGAUGAAAUUAUAUACAGGUUGCUGAUAUCUUCAAUAACACUUUGCUAUAACACGACGUCUAGUAAAAUUAUUGAUACUGUAAUUGAUUUAAUCUCCAUGUACAAUUACCCACCUUAUAUACCUGAAACUAAUGAAAAAGAUACCAAGUUACCUCCUCCUAUAUUGGAAGAUUAUGAUUCCUUAAUGAUCGAAGUGCCAGUUAAAAUAUUCAACUUUAGUAUUCGAAAUUUUUUAGUGAAGAUUUUUCCAAAAGAGGAGUUGUAUAUAAAAAAUCAAAAUCGAAUCAAAACAUUACAAAAGAUUACAAAGAAGUUUACAGGAAAGCUUCCAUUUCUCUCUUUGAGUAUCCAAUUUUUUAGUGGGAAACUGAUAACACCUCAAGAUCCUGAACUGCUGGUGCACACAACUUGCCAGUUGCCAAAACAACCUAUUGAAUUGUUGAAUGCAUGUUAUGACAAUUUUUUCGUAAAUAUUAAAGAUAUUUGUAUUGAACUACGGGAUAACUCUUUACAUUAUCCAAUAUUAUUAAUCCCUGCGACCAAGGUUAAAGUCUGCAAUCUUCUAUAUCCUAAUUUGUGGCAACAGCAAAAUAUAGCACAAUUAAAGAUGAAUUUUUCUGUACAAGAUUUCAUUUUGAAAUUUACAAAACCUAGGCUGAUUUUGGCGUUAAAAUUAGUUAAAACAAUAAUUUCCUUUGAUAGUAAUAUAGUAACACAGAUAAUGGAGACCUCAAUUAAAACAGAUGAAGUAAGUUUUAAUUUAUUUAAUGAAUGUAUAUCUACGAGGGGACGUUUAAGGUCUGUCAAAUCAAACAUAUUAAAAAGCGAUUUAAGCAAAUUAAUUUUAUUAGAAACUACUGAAAAUGAUACGCAUCAUAAAUCGAGCAGUGGUAUUAGUUGGAUCGAGUGGUCUGCCCAAUUUCCUAAAAAUUGUGAAAAUUUUGAAUACUCUACUUUUUUAUUUCUAAAUCUUCAAAACUAUAGCAUUUUUUUAAAUGGAGCUGUAUUAGAGUUUUUGCAGUAUAACGAGGAGGGUAUGAACAAUGACCGAGAUUUGUCUCCAAAUCGAGAGUCAAAGUUGGAUAAUGAAAAAAACAUAGAUCGUAAAUCGAUCAAAAAAUCAAUUGCAUCAAGUUCAAGAAAAGUGUCACACCCCGAAGAAACUAUUCACUUAAGUUCGGAAAAGGAUGAAAUAAUUGAAAAUGUGAACAUUAAAAUAAAACAAGAAAGCUCGUAUCUUUCCUGCCGUGGGGUAUUUUAUUUACUAAAAUUUGCAACGUUGAAUAUAAAUAUAAAUCAAGGAGCAAUUUAUUUUGUUGGUGAUAUAAAUUACGAUGCUAGUAAUAAUGAAUAUGAAAUUGGAGCUAUUUGGACUCCGAGAAUUUCAUGCAAGUCCUGCAUUUCAGAAAGUUUUGAUUUAAGUAAAAACUUUCCUAUGAAAAACUCGUUUAAUUCACGGAUAUCCUUCCCUUGGACCUGUAAUAUUACUUCGUUUUCAGUAAGUCUAAAGACAAAGGAAGGAAUAAUUUAUCCAAUACUAAGUCCAGUUCAAACUAAUAUAACCGUAGCCAUGACCCACAAGAAAGAGAGAGUUUCGGUUAGCAACAAUUUAUUUACAAAAGCAGUUGAUCAAAUUCAAGAGCGUUGCGAUAGGAAAGCCCAUUGCAAUUAUGAAGACAACGCAAAAAAAAGAGUCGAUUUGGUUGAACAUGAUUCAAAAGAAGACGAUGUGCAGUCUACAAAUUGUGAUUGGUCAAAAAUAGAAUAUCGUACUGAUUGUGUCAAUAGAAAAGGCCAAACCGAAAAAGAAGUUAGUAAUGAAAAUAUGAUUCAUCUAAAUGUUGCUCCUAGUUCGCCCAAACGAAUGGAAAAAAGUGAAAUUUGUGAUAUUGAUUUGAUUAAAUCUUUUGAGAAUCUAAAAAUUGAGAAAGAUAUAAUAAGUUUUAACUUUCAUGUAGAUACAUCACCCAUUCUAGUUGAACUGAAGAUUGGUCAAGUAGACUUUUUGCGGUCUAAAAUAGAUCUUUUUACAAGAAUAUUAUUUUCAUUAAGGAUAUUAAGUAGUGAUUCGGUUAGUUCCAAUGAAAGUUUUCGAAUUGUUACAGAUUUUGAUGAUGAUACUACAGUGAAAGAAUUUCUUGAAAUGGAUACCUGCUCAGAUUCGUCUACAAGAUUUUUACCAGGCGAGUUUAACGAUUUCUACGAGUAUAAAGGAAAUUAAAGAACUAUUUUAACUAAUUUUAUAGAUUGUUCUGAUCAAUUGAUACUGUCUACAUGGAUGCAAUGGACUGUGACUAAAAUUGCUUUAAAUAUUGGUCAUGUUUCAACUUAUCGUUCUCAAAUUACAUUAGACAUGGAAGAUUUUAUAAUUAGCUUGGAUAAGCAGGUUGAUUAUACAAAAAUAAAAAGUAAAUUGGGAACAUUUUCUAUGCGACAUUUGAAAAUAAAUGAUCUAGACGAAGUUCAGACGGAUGAUGAUUUAAAACUUAAUAUGAAAGCAGAAAAUUCAGAGCUUCCAUUUGUUGAUAUAACUGUUACAAUCGCAGAUACAAAAAGUGUUUUCAGAAAAAUUGGUGCUCAUAAAAAAGCUGAUUUAAAUAACCAGUUGUAUGAAAUAAUUGUUUCAAUUCAAGCAUUUGAAACUACAGUGAAUUUAGAAAAAUUACUUGAAUUUAUACCUAUUAUAUCGUUUUUUACCAGCUAUAAUGAAAUGCAUAACAAAAAAAAUUCGGAAAACUUCGUUCAAAAAAAGUUUAUAGGGUCUCAGCUACCGUUGAUUUACUUUGAUUUGGGAGGAUUUACAAUUUAUGCGCCAGUUACAAAUAGCGCAGCUAAUUGCAGUGUAUUUAUACUUAAUGUAAAUGAAGUUAAAUUAUCACCUAAUGUUAAAAAUCCUUUAACACGCAAACCUAUAAGGUCAGAUAUGUACAAUAAAGCCGCCCAAAUGGGUUUACUUAAUGUUAGAGGUUCUAUUAUCGAAGACAGACAGUAUGAGCUUAUGUUCCACAAUAUUUCAGCAGCAACUGGAAACUGGCUUGAGUUUUUGAGUUUCACCAAGGAUCAAGAAAAUAACUUACGAAACGCAAAUCCCGCCUUUGAUUGGAAUCAUCAAAAUUUUUCUAAAAACACAUUUGAAUUACAAGAAAUUUUUGAUAGUUUUGCGAUAUCUGUUACUUUUGCACCAAUUAUUGUAUAUCAAAAAGUAGUCGUGUCUGGACAAUCUAUAGAAUUUAACUGCAUAACUGAUCUCAAUGCUAAAAUAACAACCGAUCAAAUGAGGCUUUUUUCCAAUAUGAGUUGCAUGGCAAAUCAAUUGAUUGAGUCCUUGUAUGAUGAAAAAUUACAUUACAUAAAUGAAAAGGCAAAUAUGAGAAUAGAAAAUAUUUUUAAUUCCCAGGCAAAACAAAAACUGUCAUAUAAGAAGAUCGAACAGAGCCCUUUUUCACGUUCUUGCGAAACGAAAUUGGGUAGAAAAAACUUCACUGGUCAGAUCGUUGAUGAGCGUGACACAGAUUCUGGUAUCUCUACGUAUGAAAAGGGUAAAAGAAGUAGUAAUUUAAAGUGGCCGAAUAAAUUAUUGAUCAAUGAUCAACAUAAACAUGUUCCAUAUGAAAUUUCAUUCUUGGCUGGAAUUUUUACUAUAGAAUUUUAUCAUGAAGCAGGUGAUAAUUUUACAUCAAAAACCAAGACGUAUUUGGAGCCUCUUUUUACUUGUACGAUUGACCAACCUAGUAUGCUGAUAUCACAAAAAAUAUUUGAAAAACUCUGGCAAGCUUCGUUGUAUAAUUUGACUAUUGAUUUAAGCAGAUUCUCGCCAGUUCAAAAAAGUGAGAAAAGUUUCCCGGUGAACAUAUUUGAAACUUCACCAGGAAAGUUAAAUAUUUCCGGUAUUCCGCCUUCCUUAUUUUUAAUAAAAAUACAAAACAAUAAAUUGCAGAAAAGAAAUAUUACAUGUUUGUUUUCCAAACCAAUUAAAAUUAAUUUACAACACAGAACAAUUGAAAAACUUGCAAAUAUGUGGGUGAUUCUGCAAGAGUCGGUUAAAACAUAUUCUCCAUCAAAACGAACAUUAGAUAAAGAAAUAGUACACGGCGCUAAACUAAAGAUUAUUAAAAAAUAUUUAGCAAACGCAGAUACAUUCUUCUUCAAAUUGGAUCGAUUAGUUUUAAAAACCGAAGAACACGAUAAGUAUGAAAUUGAAAUUAUUUUGGAUAAUUUUAAAAGCGAACUGUUAUUUAUUCAUCGUCCUGAAAAGCUAUGGUUAAAAAUAAAUUUAGAUACUUUUUACAUAAAAACUGAAAAUAAAAUAUGUCUACAUCCUCUUUCUAUAACAUGUGAUUUUAAUUUAGCAGAAGAGAGAUGGUCUAAAUUACCGUUGAUAUCUGGAAAUCUUAAGAUAAACGUUGUUCAAAUUGAUUUAGGCAUUGAAAACCUACAAAACAUUUUAAAUGCUAUAAAUUCAUUUGCAGAAAGUGUGGUUCAAGCAACAAAAUUAUUAAAACUUUUUGAAAAAGGGAAAGAAAUAGUAGGUAAUCAAAGUGAUAUAAAAAGGCAAUACAAUUUAGAAAAAAUUUUAUUACCAAGUUUAUUAAAGAAUGAAAACAAAAAUAGGGAAGAAUUCUAUCAAGAUGAUUUAAGGGCUGGGGCGUUUCAAUUUGUGGAAACUCAUGAAGACGCUUCAUUACCAUUACCUUAUCAAAUUCACAUUAUUACAAAAAAUCAUGGUAUAAUUUGUUGGAGAUAUCCUCAACCAAGAAGAGUUUGUAAAUUACAUAUAUUUCCAAUCCCUAUGCCAGUCGCUAAUCCAAUUGAAAUCAAGUGCCAAAUUGAAUAUUUUAGUGAACUAUAUCAAAAAUUUCUAUUAUUUCGAGAAUUUUCAUUAUCUGAAACAAAGAGUACUGUAAUUGAUUUACCGAAAAGGAUUAUAACAGCCAAUAUUUGGAGAGUUGUUAUAUUGCAACCUUUGGUCUCCAUAAAUCGGGAGUAUUUUGAUACUAGUGAAGAAGAUGAAGAAGUCAAAUUAAUAAAACUAGAUGACUUUGACGUCAAGGAAGAAAAUUCCUUUACUUUGCAUCCUAAAGUUUUAGUCGGCUGUAUGAAAAUUGAUACUUCUUUUAACCAAGAGUAUGUUCCAAAAUUUGAAAUUUUGGUAGAUGUUUCGUUUUUUGAAUUAAACUUACAAAAUCAACAAACAAAAAUCAGUGAAUCUGCUAGUAUAAUCAAGAACCUUAAACUCUCGAGUGAAUUGUCUUCUGUUGAAACUUUUUUGUCACUUAAUUUAAGAAAUUCAACAUUUUUAGCGAGUUUUCUAUCAGACAAAAUUUAUACUUUAGAUUCGGAAGUCGAUUUAAGUAUCAAGGUGUUAGAUUAUGCAUUUUCUAAUAUGCAAUUUCUAAUAGAAGAUACUAAUUUGAAAAAUUAUUUCGCUGUGGGAAAGAAUUCUAUUUUAUUUAAUUUUAUUUCAAAUGCUAUAAAAAUAAACAUGGAUCCAGGUGUUCUUCAUACUUUGGUGGUGUCGUUUCGUCAAUGGAAUGAAAGGAUCACACUUGUCAAUCAAUCGUAUAACCCGAUUAUUACACGGUUUGUUGUGGCAAAUAUGGUUCAACAUCCAAUCGUUUUUGGACAAAGUAGUACAAAUGAAAAAAUAUGUAUAAAUGCAAAAGAAUAUGUUUUAUAUUCCUUUAUUAGUAGCAUUCAUAAUCCAAAGCUAACUUUUUAUAAUUCAAAGAAAUUAUCUGAAUUUAGUGAGCCUUUUCAUGUCAAGAUGGAAAAUUCUACGAAAUAUACAAAAAUAGGGGAAAAUAUAUAUAUAAUUGAAACGAAAAAAUUAUCGUCCACACAAGUCAUCAUGAGUAUCAAAGGUCAAGUUGAAUUUGUUAUGAUGGUUGAAGAAAAGUUUUUAAUUCAGUUUCGAAACCAAAAUCUUGAUGGAUUAUAUAUUAAUAAAUCUCCUGAAUACUUUCUAAACGAAAAUGGCUCAACAAGCUUUUGUCAUUCGGUUUCAAAAGAAACCUCAAAAUCUAUUCGCAUAAAAUUUGAUUCAAAUAAAACGAAACUAUGGUCAGGGGAUAUACCCCUAAAAGCAAAUAAAAAUUUACCUUGGUUAGUCAAAGUUCCUAUUAGUGGACCGCUUGAUUUUGUAAGCUAUUGGUUUCGCAUAGUUAGUGAAGAUAUUAUUGAAUAUAAAACUACAUCACACACGCCUUUAAGAAUUUUAGUAAUGAUUUGGCCGGUAUUUCAAAUUAGGUCUUUUUUUUCAAAAAAAAUAUAUGCUACUGAAGCUUCUACUAAAACAGAAAUGGAAAUAUCUGGACGAGCGAGUAUCUUAGAUCUCAAAUUGCCAGCCACUCAUGAAACAGAACAUAUCAUAACAUUUAAAGAAAAUUUCCCAAUUAACUGUGGAGAAACCAAUAAAAAAUUUACUUUAUCUUUAAAAAAUAUUGAUUGGAAUCAAUUUUUUUACUACGAUGAGAAGAAAUGGACAAUUGACAAAUGUUUAAUGGAAUUAGAAAAAAUAGAAGACGAAAUUUGGCCUUGUAAAGCUGAAGAAGAAUGUAAAAUUUAUAGAAAAUUAAAUUAUAGCGAACAGCCUGCAAUUCCAAUAUUUAAAAUUGAUUCGCGUACAGAACUGUCUUGCAGUUUACUACUUGAAGUAUCCCCAUGGGGUAUUUUUAUUAAUUCAUUAAGUUCCUCCAUUAAAAUUAAAGGUAUUACAAUGGAUUGUACAAUCGAAGUACAUUCAAAUGAGUUGUGUACAUUUUUCCAUAAUAGCAAAGGGUUUAUAAUUGAAAUUCAUUGUAGUACUGGGUGGCUUAGUUCACCACCGAUACACUUUGAUACGAUCUCACAUUCGGAAAAAAAAUCUACAGAAAAUAUUUGGUUAAAAGACAAUGAUGCGGUUGAAAUUUUAUUUUUGGGUAAAAUAAUACAUAAAGCUAUUUUACAAUCAAUUUUGGAGGAUGGGCGCAAAGUAUUAAUAAUAAAACCAGCUUUUGUGUUGUCGAAUUGUUCUGACUCAAGUUUUUAUAUUAUUCCUUUUUGCUUGCAAUAUGAUCAUAAGAUUAGCCGACAAGAAGUUAAACAACUCACGACAAAAUAUGGCAUAUUAAUGAACAAAAGUAAUGGAAGCGAAAAUUUGUGUGGGUUAGCAAUUGAUGCUUUUUAUAAUCUUAGCAUAAAAAAAAAAAUUAAGAAAGAGGAUUGUUAUAUUUAUUGCAUUACAAUGUUUUCCAAGGAAAAAGAAGAUAUAACAAUACCAAUAAAUUUAGCAAAGCCUUUUAAUAGGAAAUGUGUUAGUCUUCAAAAUGAUUAUAAAUCGAUUGCUUUGUCAGUAAAUUGUAUAGAAAAGAACGGUCAGUAUUAUAUGAGCAUUUUUAAUGACACUCUACCGGCUUUAGAAAUUCACAAUUGGACAGAUUUAAAUUUUUUGUUAGCACAAACGGAUUCGAAUGAAAAUUCGAAUGAUACAACUUCAAAGCCUGAAGGUGAAAAUUAUAAUUUUGGUUGGCACCAACUUUUAAGAAGUACAAGUUCUUUAUAUUAUACUCCUCCAGAAGGUUAUUUAAAUUUUCCUGACAAUGGAAAUAUUUUAUAUAAUAUCGUUUUAGCUUUUUUUAACGAAGAAUGUUCAGGUGAAAUGAAACCUAUUCGAUGGUCUAAACCGCUUCGUACAAAUAUGAGCUGUGAAAAAUUCUUCAACAUCCCUAUGUUUGGGGACGUGAAAAUUGUUGUUUGUGAUAAACAUAAAAUUACAAAAAUAUAUAUUUCAUAUAUUGCAGAGCAACUGGAAUUUUCAGUGAAAGAUCUGCGUUCUCGUUUACUUAGCCCAUCAAAGCUUUAUAACCAAAAUAAAACAACAUCAUCGCUUGAAAUAACAGAACAUAUUUCAAGAACGCCUUACAACGUAAAAUCAAAAGAAUUAAGAUACAGUAAAUGCAAUCACGAAGCAAAAAAUGAUGAAAAUCCUGUCAUAGAAAUAAAUUUCUUUAUAAAAGAGAUUACGUUAAGUGUUUCAAGGAUUGAUAACAAACAAAAUUUUAAUAAAUGUGAAAUUCUUGCGAUAUAUUUAGAUGAUUUAAUUGCCAAGUACGAUAGCACAAGUAAAUUACUACAAUUGGUGAUAUCUAACUUACAAAUAGAUAACCAGCAGUUUUCUUCUUGUAAAUACGAUUUCCCUGUGGUACUAUCUUCUCAAGACGUUUAUAUGCGAUCUAUUUUGCUACCAUCAAUAUACGAUUUAAAUUCCGAAAUAAAUAUUAACAAAGAAAGAAGUUCAAUAAUACUCAAGUUACAAUUUAGAAGAGAAAUAGAAAUUUUUGAAUUAACUUCAAUAUUCUGCGAAAUUAAACCAAUCAGAGCUUAUAUCGAAGAUACUUACAUAAAUGAUUUGCAUGAAUUCUUAACAGAAUGCGCCAUGGAAAAUUUAACUUUUCACGAAAAAAAUAGGCUUACAAAGCAAAUUUUAUCAAAAGGAAACAUCCUUAUUCCAGAUGAUAUUAAAAAUAGAGCUUCAUACUUAGCUGAUCCUAUCAGAUUAGACUGUUUUCGCAUAGAGCCUUUGAGUGUAUUAUUUUCAGUGCAUACUUGCAUACGAUUUUAUAUUGCCUUGGAUCACAGUCCAUUGGAGUUAGCUGCUUUUGAGAGGAGAAAUAUUACGACUUUACCAAUUCGUUUGGGGUAUAUUGUAGGAAUGCAUUAUCUUUCAGGAGCUCUUUUUGGAGCUGGAUGGGUGGUCGGGUCUUUAGAAAUUCUCGGAAGCCCGAGCGGAUUGGCCCGCUGUGUUACUACUGGAAUUAGAGAUUUCGUAACGCUGCCAUUGGAAGGUUUUUUCCGCGGGCCCUGGGGUUUUCUAAUGGGUGUCACACAGGGGUCAGUUUCGCUGUUGCGAAAUAUUACGGCUGGUACCCUAAAUUCGGUUACAAAACUUGCAUCUUCCGUUGCUAGGAAUAUUGACAGGCUAACAUUUGAUGAAGAACAUUUUCAAAGAACAGAAAUAAUUAGGCGAACUAGGCCGCAAGGAUUCGCAGAAGGUUUGUCACAAGGUUUGACUAGUUUGGGAAUAAAUAUUUUGGGAGCCGUCGGGGGUUUGGCUCGCCAUCCCUUGGAAGCUCAAAGUCCUGUGCAGAUUGUUACUGGUGUUGGAAAAGGGAUUGUAGGAGCUUUUACUAAACCAUUAAGUGGCGCUGCAGAACUUGUAGCAUUGACGGGUCAUGGAGUUUUACAUACAGUUGGUUUUAAUACACAACCAAAGCAACGAUGCCCUGUUAAAAACAAGCUUGAUGAAAGCCCAGCUAACUCAAAGAUUUGGAAGCUUUUACCUAGAGUAUUAAAAUUUGACCAAAUUUUGUUUUUCCACGAAGCGACUCUUGUUGUGGAAAAAAAAUUAAAACACGUAACCAUUUGUAUGACUUCGACGGUGUUAGCUAUCUUAGAAUUAGAUAAAAACGAACUCACUUAUGUGUUGCCAAUAGAUAGAGUAAUUGCUUCAUUUGAUGAAGAUGAUUCAUCAUUAAUUAAUGUUAAUCUUAAACCAAAGGAUGAGUUGGUUGACGAAUUUAUGAAUAAACAAUUUGCACGACGACGUAUCAUGGAUUUUCUAAGAUCAUCUCGAACUCCAGAAAUUUCAAAUAUGUCAAUAGGGUCCUUAGAAGAUCUGUUGAUAGCUGACAAAUUAAGUACUAAAUUGGACUGGUCAUUUUACAUAUCUGAAAAUUUAGGACACCAUUUGUUGCAAUAUUUAAAAAUCGUUACCCCCAAUUCCAGUAAAGAUACCUAGCAUCGCACUUUAAAUAAUUAAAAAAAAACUGUUUUUAUUAUGAAUAUGUAUAUUCCAAAAAAGCAUAUAUGUAAAUGUAUAAAGUUCGUAUUAUUAAUCUAAA